AUGAUGGUAAAUCGACAUUAUUCAAAACUAAUAGUAUUAAUAACUGCAUCUUUUUCAAUUCUAGGAAUUUAUCUAUUCGUACAAUCAAUUAAACCAACUAUAUUAUCACAAACCAAUUUAUUAAAUUAUCAAUUAAAUUUACAAGAUAACUUACUUAACAAUGAUCAAAUUAUAUCAGAUAUUGAAAUAUUUAAAUGUAGAAAAUUUUCAAAAAAUUGUGAUAAUGAAAUUCCUUCAAAUUUUAGACUAAUAAGACCUUCAUUAAAAUAUUAUGAAUCAAAACUGAAUUCAAAUUAUUAUAAUAAAGAUUUUUAUAAAUUUGAUUAUUAUUUAGGUAUUGAAAUCAAAAGAAUCGAGGAUACAAAUACAAUUUUAGAAGAUUUAUCAUUAACCCCAAAAGAUGGUUAUGAAGAAGUUAAAUUAGAUGAAUUUAUAAUUUAUAAAAAAAAUUAUAUACUUGAUGGGAAAAAGCAAAUACCUAAGGAUUUAUCAAUAAUUAGAUCAAUUGAUAUAUUAUUUGGUUCUAAAGAAUUAAUUGAUUCAAGACCAAAUUAUACAACAUUACAUUUGAUUGAUUCAGAUAAAAUUCAUCCAAUAAUUUCAUUUAAGAAAGUAACAAAAGAUGAAUUAAUCAAACAAAAUGAAUUAACCAAAAAUUUAAAAGAAAUUAAAGAUAAUAAUCAAAUUAUAACAGAUAAAGAUAAAUUUAAAAUUUUACAAUUAUCAGAUUUACAUUUUGGACAAGAUUUAGGUCGUUGUACAAUUGAAAAAAAUAAUAAAAAUGAACCACCCAAAUGUAAAUCAGAUUUAAGAACUUUAAAAUUUAUUUCAAAUAUUUUACAAAAGGAAAAACCAGAUUUAAUUAUAAUAACUGGUGAUUUAAUUGAUAAUAAUAGAAUAAUUGAUUAUAAAUCUAUAUUAUUAAAAUCUUUACAACCAAUAAUUGAAACAAAUAUUAAAUUUUUAUAUACAUUCGGUGAUGAAAAUUUAUCAAUUGAAUCAAAACAAUUAAUUUUAAAAUUUUUAUCAACUUUACCAAAUUGUUUAAAUACUGAAAUUUAUGAAUCAAAUAAUCAUCAUAAUCAUAUUCAUGGUUUAACUAAUUUGAAUUAUCAAAUUUAUAAUGAAAAUUUUCAAAAUCAAAUAUCAUCAAUAACAAUCCUUGAUUCUCAAAAUCAUUUUAUUGAUGAUUCACAAAUUAAUUAUCUUUAUAGAAUUAAUAAUAAUGAUCAAAAAGAUUCAACUUACAAACUUUUAUUUUUUCAUCAUCCCAUACCUCAAUUUAGACCCGAGGGAACUUUUAAAAUUAUUGGAUCAUAUAAUGAAAAACAUAAUUUAGAUACAAAAACAAAUCCAAAAUUUCAUGAUGAUAUAAUAAAUUGUAAAUAUAAUGUUGUUGCAGUAGGUCAUGAACAUGAAAAUGAUGCAUGUAUAUUAUCAGAAAAAGAAAAAGAUCAUAAAUCAAAUCAACAACAAUCUAUAUGGUUAUGUUAUAAUUCAGUUACUGGAGAUUCUGGUAAAACUUUAAUUAAAGAAAAUUAUAUUAGAAAAAUGAGAUUAUUUGAAAUUGAUUAUUCACAAAAAAGAAUUUUAAGUUGGAAAAGGAAAGAAGAUGAUAAAUCUAUUUUUGAACCUCAAUUAAUUUAUAAAUUAGACUAG